AUGGGCAAAAAGCAGCACUCUAAAGAUCGUUUGUUUAUCACUCAGUCAGAGUGGAAGAAGGAGUUUGGAGGCAAAAAGGACCAUGAGGUAUAUGAAAAGCAGAUUCUUCCGUUCAACUGCUGUUGUCUAUCCUUCCAACCAGUGGUCGAUGGUGUAAUCACCAAGGAAGGAUUUCUCUUUGAGAAGAAGAAUAUUUACAAGUAUUUGAAGGAGUAUCAUGUCAACCCUUGCACUGGAAAGAAGAUGACGAUAAAAGACCUAUUCCCUGUUCAUUUCUACAAAAACUCGGACAACGAGUACCACUGUCCUGUCACAUAUAAAGUAUUCACCUUAAAUUCAAAAAUUGCGGUUAUUCGAACGUCUGGGAAUGUGUAUCUCUACGACUGUAUCAAAGAACUCAAUAUUGAUCAGAAUUGCUGGGAGGACUUGAUCACCAGUGAGCCCUUCACGAAAGAUGACAUCAUCAUUCUUCAAGACCCUUCCAAGCCGGACCAUCGUCAAGUUUCCCAGUUUUUCCACAUCAAGCAGGAAGACGAGCUGAAGAAGAAGCGAAAGAACACGAGCGUCUCCCUCAAUCCGAGCAUGCAGCGCCUCAUCGACGAGAUUCGCGCCAAAUCCGAGAAAGAAAAGAAAGAAGAGCUCCGAAAGAAAUCCGAGUUCGAAGCAGCGCGUCCUCGCUCUCUCCAGACCUCCAACGCGUACUCCUCCUCCCUCACUUCCUCCGCGAUCACCAUGGAGAGCAAAUACGACUUCGCCACCGACGAGGAGAUCGAGCGUCGUCGCUACGACCUCGUCCGCAGUCUCAAAAAGAAGGGCUACGUCCAGCUCGUGACCAGUCUCGGCACGCUCAACCUCGAAAUCCACUGCGACCUGGUUCCGCGCACCGCCGAGAACUUCCUCGGGCUGUGUACCGCGGGGAAGUACGACAACACGCCGUUCCACCGGCUGAUUCCGCGCUUCAUGGUGCAGGGCGGCGAUCCGACAGGGACCGGCACGGGGGGAGAGAGUCUGUGGAAGCGUCCCUUCGCGGACGAGUUCCAUCCCAGUCUGACGCACAGCGGGGAGGGCGUGGUGAGCAUGGCCAACAGCGGACCGAAUUCGAAUGGAAGCCAGUUCUUCAUCACCUUCGACGCCGCUCCGCAUCUGGACCGCAAACACUCCGUUUUCGGACGCGUGGUCGGCGGACUGGCCGUGCUGCGCGAAAUGGAGAAACUGCGAACCGACGCGUCGGAUCGACCCACGAAACCGCUGACUCUGGUGAAGACGAUCGUGCUCGCCAACCCCUUCGAUUUGGCCGACCAGAUCAUGAAGCGCGAUUUGGAGAUCGAGAAGGCGCGGGAAAAGGCGGUAGGAUCGCGGGGAGGGAGCGAGGUGUAG